AUGAUUGACUGUGAUGGAAAGUUUAUUGAAGACAAAGAAGCUACAAAGACGACCAGGUGCUUAGUUCACAGCUCGAGCAUGCAUAAUACGGCCGAUUGUAGAGUAUAUCAAGAGAUGGCACCAGAAGGGAAAGUCCAGUUGUUAAAGGAAAAGCGAGCUUGCUGGUCAUGCCUCAAGAUUGGUCACCGCUCUAUUGACUGCAGACAACGCAAGAAAUGCAACAGUGAUGAUUGUUCAAAAUAUCACCAUGACGCAGAUGGAAAGGAAUCGGGAACUUGCUUGCUGCAGGUGAUGAAAAUAAAAUCAGCUGUCAAUGCUGCUCCUUUAAAUGUGCUGUGGGACGGUGGUGCAACCAUUAGUCUGAUCACCUUUGCUAAAGCAUGUGAGCUAAGUUUGGAUGGAGAGGAAAUUAGGCUGUCGGUUGUCAAAGUUGGCGGUGUCAAGGAAGAGAUGAGAUCAUCAGUAUACAAACUUCCCUUAAUCGAUGAAUCAGGGGAGACUGUCAAAUUCCGUGUUUAUGGAAUUGAUCGGAUAUCCUCCCCUAUGGAGGGAAUUAACCUCAACGGCGUGAUGCAUCUGUUCCAAAACAUAAAUAAGCAGGAGAUUCAGCGAACAAAUGGGGAAAUAGAUGUGUUGAUUGGUUAUGAGUAUGCAGGUUAUCAUCCUGAGCGGGAGCAAUCUUCUGGGCAUUUACUUCUGUUGAAAAACCGAUUCGGUCGUUGUCUGGGUGGGUCUCACACCAGUAUGGCAGAGAACACGCUUAAGCUUAUCCAGCAUGCUACAGUUCACCAUGUUGUGAGGAUAAACAUUGAAAAUUUUUUCGAUACUGAAUCUCUAGGCGUUGAAUGUUCCCCGAGAUGUGGAAGUUGUCGCUGUGGACGGUGCCCAAUUGAUGGGAAAAGCUUCACAUUGAAGGAGGAGCGGGAAUUAAAUUUGAUUGAGGAAGGAUUGACACAUGAAGGCGAUCAUUGGGUUGUGCGAUACCCUUGGAUUAGGAGCCCGGAUGAUCUGCCAAACAACAAAGAAGCAGCUUUGAGAAUGCUUGGGUCUACAGAAAAGAGGUUGCAGAAGAACAAACCGCUUCUGGAAACGUACAAGGAGCAGAUUCAGGAUAUGGUACAGCGAAGUGUUGCAAGGAAACUCACACAAGCAGAAAUUGAAAACUAUGACGGCCCAGUAUAUUACCUAAGCCACCACGAGGUGCUUAAACCAGAAUCCACAUCCACGCCUUGUCGAAUAGUCUUCAAUUUGUCAGCGAAGUUUCAGGGACAUUCACUAAAUAACUGCUGGGCUAAGGGACCAGAUCUUAUGAACAACCUGCUCGGCAAACUCGUGAGAUUUAGAGAAGGCCCAGUCGCAUUUGUCAGCGAUAUACGGAAGAUGUACCACGCCAUAAAGAUAUCAGUUCUUGAUCAGCACACUCAUAGAUUUCUUUGGCGCGACAUGUCACAGGAUAGUGGGAGAAGUACAUACGUCAUGACGUCCAUAUCGUUCGGUGACAAACCUGCGGGAAAUAUCGCCACAGUUGCUCUACGCAAAACAGCGGAAAUGCAAAAAGAUGAUCUUCGAAAUGCAUCAGAUACCAUCCUCAACAACACUUACGUUGACGACAUUGCAGAUAGCGUGGAGACUAUGGUAACAGCACGAGAGACAACCGGUCAAAUUGACGAUUUGGUCAAGGUUGGUGGAUUCCAAAUCAAGCAUUGGAUCUAUUCAUCAGAGAAUGUGAACGAUGACAGCGCAAAUAGAUCACUGGGAAGCAAGUCGGUAUGCGAGAAGCAGAUACAAAAUACUGGGACAGCAUGCUCUGAAGGGGAUGAACAGAAAGUUCUUGGUGUACGCUGGGAUUCAAAUAGGGCCAAUUUUGUUUCAAAAUGCAACUUAACUUUACCCCAAAGAUUAAGAAACUACGAAGUGGACCAAAUCUCACUCAAGAACAAGUUCCAGUGCUUAUUCCGCCCAUACUAA